AAAAAAAACCAAAAUUUCAUGGAAGCGUAUGCGAUCAUUUUUCUCCAAAUUUAUUCCUUAAAAAUCGGAAACCUGAAGAUCAUCAAAACGGAAAGUGUUAAACCUUGAACCAGACUUCGUUGUUGAUGAUCUUUGGUCCACAGAGUCUUCCUCUUUUCGCGUACCGUCCACGCGCUUUUGAGCCCUAGAGCCAUAUAGGGUUUCCUGCAAAUUUUCUUUCUCAAUUCUUCUUUUCAUUGAUAGGUAUAUAUAUAUUUUUUUGGGCAUCAUAAGUGUUUUUGGUGAAUUGGGUUUCGGCACAAAAUGUCUAGAAUAGCGAGGAGCUGUGUACAAUCGAUACUGAAGCUGGUGAACUCAUUGAUAGCGAUGGUUGGGAUGGCCAUGAUUUUGUAUGCUCUGUGGAUGAUUAAGGUUUGGCAGAGGCACAUGGAUGAGUUGCCCUUUGGUGGGUCUGAUCAUCAGGCUCCAUGGUUUAUGUACGCUUUUCUUGGCCUUGGGAUCACUUUAUGUGUGAUCACAUGCACAGGUCAUGUUGCUGCAGAGACUGCAAAUGGUUGUUGCCUUUAUUUGUAUAUGCUGUUUGUCUUCCUGCUCCUCAUGCUGGAGGCUGGAGUGACUACUGAUGUAUUUCUAAACCGUAACUGGGAGCAGGACUUUCCAGAGGAUCCUAGUGGGAGUUUUACGCAGUUCAAAGAUUUUGUCAGAUCAAAUUUUGAGAUCUGCAAGUGGAUAGGCUUGACUAUUGUAUCUGUCCAGGGACUGUCUCUAUUAUUGGCAAUGGUUCUCAAAGCUCUUGGGCCACAUCAAUACUAUGACAGUGAUGAUGACUAUGCUCCUGAAAGAGUUGCACUCCUUAUGAAUGCUGCUCAGCCACCUCCUUAUGUUGUUGGUGACCCUGUUUAUGGAUCAAAAAAUGCAUGGAAUGUAAGAAUUACUGACAAGGCAAACAGGUAACUGGAUUCACAUCAGAAAGACGCCGGCUUGUGGAUGGAUAGGAAGUUUACCGGGGCACAUAAAGCUUGUUAUCUGAUGACUCGAGCGAUGGAAAGAACAGAAAAGCUCCAGGUGUGCUUUCAGAGGAAUUGGUGGUGGAAACAUGUAAAUAUUGCAAUAAACUCUAAUGUUUAUAUCCCAAACCUCAUGAGAAUGACACUUUAUAUCAUAUGGUUUAUCUUUUA